AUGGUGGGCUUUAUGAGCUCCUUUCUACCCAUCUUCCUCAUAUUCCUCUUUCUUCUUCAGAUGCCUGUGUGGGGCAUAGAACAAUUUGUGGUUCUUGGACCAACUGAACCAAUUGUAGCUUUACUGGGGACAGACAUCACACUACCCUGCCAUCUCUCACCCUCAAUGAGUGCAGAGGACAUGGAAAUCAGGUGGUUUUGCUCCCAGAUCUAUGAAACUGUGUUUGGUGUUCCAAAGAGUAUGGAACAGGCUGGAGAGAAGCUAGUGGAAUAGGGGAGGACAGAACUUAUAAGUGACUUCGUUACUGAGGGGAGUUUGGCUGUGAAGAUCUACAAUGUCCAAAUGUCAGACAAUGGAGAGUAUUGGUUUUUUAAAAAAGGCAAUGUACAGCAAGAAGCAAUUUUAGAAGUGAACGUGGCAGUGACUGUGACUGUGGAUCCAAAUCCUGCUUAUCUCAUUGUCUAUGAAAAGGGGAAGGGAACAACUCUGAUUCAAACAAAAAAGGACCAUUCAGAAGUAAAAAACUGCAGUGUCCUGGGCAAGGAGCCCAUCAACUCUGGAAGAUAUUACUGGGAGGUGGAGGUGGAGGUGGAAACUGCAAAUAAAGCCACUUGGAGUCUUGGUAUUUGUGGAGAAAAUUUAAACAGGAAAGGGCAGAUCAGAGAAUGCCCAGAAAAGGGUUUCUGGAUGCUAGGAUGCUAUGGAGGGGAAAUUCAGGCAAUGAUGGAUCAAAACUUGGGGAAAGAGUCUAUAUCCCUUGUGCAUCCUCCACAUGUGGGUAUUUUCCUGGACCAUGAGGCAGGAGACAUCUCAUUUUAUACCAUGUCAGAUGGGUCUCACGUAUACAACUUUCCUACAGUCUCCUUCUCUGGCCCUGUUGUGAUGAAAUAA